AAAGAAGGAAAAUAGGCUAUUUACCGAAAUUUUUUUGAAUGUUUUAAAAUCACAAUGUUUAUGAGUACCGAUUUGACUUAAUGGAGUCUAUUUCUUUUUCUUUUUUAAUGGUCGCUCUUAAUUAGUUUAUUUUUUUAAAAUUCCUUGUUCAAAAAGUAAACUUGACAUGUUGACUUGUAGAUCAGGAAUGGUGUGUGAGCACUGCUCAAGGGCAGACAAGGCGAUCGUGAUCACUCAUUUUUUUUUUCAUAUUAACCCCGUUUUGUGUCUCCACCACGUUUGUUCGCAGAACUCGCCACUGGAGAUCUGAAGCGAACGACAUGGGCAAUUCUAAAUCAGGUGGCGAAGAAGAUUUAUCAUCAGCAAAAGCAGUGUUACUUGGAGCUCUGGCUCCUGGUGUCAACGGUCCGACGUGGAAUGCCCUGAAAGCAGCGUUUUUGAUGCUGGGUUUGUGCCUCGUUGCUCUGUUGGUCAUAGCAUUCUGUUCUAGUGACUCUGGAUUGAUCCUUCACGUUACUUUUCUCGUAUUAAUCACAGCGACCCUGUUCUUGCUUCUUAGCAGGUUUCUUGCAGAGACUGGUUUGGUUUCGGUUGAAGAUCAAAUCAAAGAGAUGGGAUUGGUGCCAAAAGAUUGUGUAGAGACAAGCAAAAAGAGUGAAUGAAGAUGUUUUUUCACCUGUCAAGUAUUACAGGCAAUUACAGGCAACAACAUGAACAAUAUUCAGAAGAAAGACCCCUUAAGAGGGCCAUUUUAUAGUACAUAUCAAAUGAAAAGACGGGUACAAUUUUUGACGCAUUCCUCCAAGAAGGAAAGAAAAAGAGGAGAAACAAAAGCAGGCAUUUCACACUAUUUCAUCCUUUGUUUCAUGAUCUGUUAUUCCCCCUUUGCUUCCUUCUCUUUUUUAUCCUUGUUUUUAUCCUCUUUGGACUUCACAAAGCAGAAGCACAAGCAGCAUGGGAACUGGAGCAGGAGCUUCAUUUUGUUGUUUUUCUUCGUUCUUGGGCAAUUUCAGAUCUUCAGGAAACCAGUAUGUAUAGAGAGCUGCCACCCUGGUCUCUUAUUCUCCCUUUUCUUUCCUUCAUUGUUCUCUGUGGAUUCCAUUCCCAUCACUUGCAGAUGGAAAGAUGCCUUCUCCAUUUCCUUUUGUGUUUCUUUUGCUUGUUAGAAAGCUUCAUCUUUCGUAGGCAACGGACAUGUCUUGAGGAGGUUCUAACAGAGGUGCCAAAAUCUUUUAGACCUGUUAGACUGAGUUGAUCAUUCUGGAGGGCUUUGUGUCGUGAUCAAAGAAAUAUUAGCAGAGUCCGAUAUGGCAGGAAUAUUAAUAUCUUGAUUAAAUAAAAUAAGCUGCAUAAAUCCUUAAAACAGCUUAGAUGUCAUGUUUAAGGAUGCCACCCUGCCAAGGUACUGUCCUGGAAACAAACUUCAUGCAUUUUUUCUAUUUGUUUUCUGGCUCUGGAAGUCAUCUAAUGGUGGUGCAGACUUGAAGUAUUUGGCUGAGUCAAGCAAAGAACCUUUAUAAAUUGUCUUGGUGAGCCCAACCCAUGCAGGGCGAUGAUCUGGUUGAAUAUAUUAUAUUUCUAGAGCAUUUUAUUAGUGCUUUUCGGAGCAUUGCUGCCCAAGAAUGGAAUCAAUUAGCUCAUAUGCAAAGAGCAGGGGGAAUUUUAGUGUUCCUCUUUUUAGUAUUCUAUUGUGUAACUACAGAAAAAAAUAAAAUAAAAAUGUAUUGGGCGGUGUUUGGGAAUGUGAAUUUUAAGCUUUGGACUUAUUUGUAUAGAUUUAGCAGGUCAAUAUAAUUUUAUAUCAUGUUCAAAA